UCGACUAAUGCCAGCUCUGUUACCACUGUUAUGUGUAUAUGUGUUUUAAUUUCGUGUUACCAACACACAAAUGUCUUCUGUGCCUUUGUCUUAAACCACAAAACUACAAAAAUUCACAAAGUCUGUCCUUUGUCUCCUGUCUUAUCUUUUUUUCUGUCUCUAUUUUGUAUUUGUCCAUGUAUAAUACAUUGUAUCGUACAAAAGCAACAAAUAUGUGAACCUGUGAAGUGCCCUCCCCAAGAAAUAUGUAGCUUUGUGAUUGUCUCGGUCCCUUACAGCUCUAAGGCUUGACCCCUUCCCCAACCCACCCUACCUUUAUCAAAUAAAAUUAUCCAAAAAGUAAACGCCAAUAUAGAACUUUUAGUAUUAAUUAAAAAUUAUUUAUCGUUCGUAUAUCUUUUAAAGAGUCAAUAUCUGUAUAUCAUCUGCAAGUAAUUGGUUUUUUAAAUUCGCAAUUAUUCUAAAUUUCAACUAACCUAUUAUUUUACAAAAAGUGUUCAAUUCAAUCCAAAGAAAUGUUAUAACAUUCCCAGAACGCUGCUUGCUUUACACUUCACAAUGUGUCGAAAAAUUCGAUAAUGCAUGCAUUUAAAACCCGUUUAUGUGUUACUGUUCGCGUGAUCAUAGCUCUAUUCUUAAAAAUACAAACAGACAACCAAUAUAUAAAUGCACUUAAAGCCACACACGAAAACUGAUUUGUUGUAAACCAAGCUGUGUAAGUACACAAUAAAAACACGCACCCCCUCCUUCCGCUUUUAGAUAAUCCAGGUAGUAACUAAUCCAUAGAUAUUAUGCCAUCUUUGUGCUUAUAGCUGCUAAAUGCUCGCCAUCACUACUAAACGAAAUGCGUGACUGCCGUGCUGCCAUAGGCGAAACAGCCAAGUUCUUGAUACAGUUUGCCGGCAACCCGAUACCAGAUAUUCAAUGGUAUUUCAACAACGUUCAGCUUAGGGCAUCUGAAAAGUAUCGCAUGGUAGUACGGGAACAGGAAGCCACGCUAGAAAUAAUGAAAAUAACAAACGAGGACUGCGGUUAUUAUAACUGCAAGCUCAUCAACGAGAUUGGCAUGACCAUGACGCGGGCCAAGUUCGAUAUAUCAUCUACUAGCACUGUAGUCGAGGAUACGGUCAAGUCCAAGACUACUAUUAAAAAGAAGGUUGGAAAAAAGGCAGUGGUUAAGAGAUCGGGGGCUUCAGAGUCGCAGACCGAGCAAAGAACAGAAAUUCGAAUUAUUCCAGCCAGCACGGCAGAAACUACCAUGAAUGUGAUCAAAAUAAGACAACCCGUGUCUAUUCUGGUAGAAAAGAGCGAAGUCUCGGAAGUUUUGGAAGUAAAAGAUAGAAAAAUUGCCGAUGCCGAAAAGCGCAGCAGUCAAAUAAUCGAAGAAGUCGAGGAGAUCGAAGAGGUGGAGGAGAUCGAGGAAAAAGUCCAAGAGGCUGACGAAGAAGAAGAAGUUAAAGUUCAAGUAGAGCAGAAAGAAACCUACACAUCUAGCAAGAGAAUAGAGAUUACAAAAACUGUGGAGCUUAUACGCACGAAAAUCAGCCAGAAGAUCAUAACAAUUGAGGAUAUUCAAGUCCUGUCGCAUCACGAGGAAGUCCAAUGGCUACUCGAGUCCAUUGAGGCGGAGUCUUUUGGCCAAAUUGGAGAGUCUGCCCUCAGAGAUUUGGCCACAAUUGGACUGCUUUUGCGUUACGGCUGUGAACAUUACGAGAUUACAUAUAUGUAUGAGCAAAACAUUUUCAUAUCCCUGAAGAAACCCGAGUCCCAAUCGGCUCUGGUGCAGCUCGUAGAGCGAGAGGGUCACGAAGAGCUGAUCUCCCAAAUCCUGAGCGAGUCUUCAAAUGAGGACGAAACCAUCCUGGCAGCUACUGUCGGCUUCAAGGCUUUCAUACGUAUGAUUCAGACGUAUGAAAUCACCAUUGAGAUCGUCAUACGAAAGUUUGUUAGGGAGGACUUCAUAUCACAGGACUGGAAGAUAUGUGGAAAAGAGAGAAUAGUAGAGACAUCGCAAAUAAUUGAAAGUCACGAGGCCAUCACACAUGUGAAAAUAGAGGAAACAUUUGUUGAGGAACGAACGAUAAUUGUCCAAGAAGGUUUGAACAUAAACACAGAUGUCCUGUAAAAAAAACACCAGUUAAAUAAAUCCCACCAGUAACGAUGUAGCAUCCCACGAACUACUCAACUACAGUCUAAUUAAUAUUAUUAAAAAAGAAAAUACUGCAAAAACAAUAAUAAAUAUUGUCUUUACAAAUAUAACAAUUAAAUCUUGUUAAGUCAAAACAAACAAAUCAUGUGUAUAUUCUAAAAAGACGCCACCGAAUAUUAAAAUUACCCAUUAACCGCUAAUCACCACCACUAAAAGCUAUAUAUACCUGAUUUUUAGUUGAAUAUCUUGCUACUAUAUACCAUAUAAGCUUUAACUUAUAUAGACUUCCGCACACUCUAAUGCUUUUGCAAUAUACAUUCACUUUCAAGAGUAGAAGCGCUUUAUUUCCUUGCACGUCAAACUGGACGACUUCCUGAUGUCUAAUGAGGUAAGAACUAUCUCCAAUUUCUGUCUGUUUGCAUUCCACCUAUAAAUAGAGAGAAGAAUUACCCAUCUUUUCGUUUACUGUGCAACUCAUUUUGCUUCACCGCUAGCUAUAUAUUUUACCGCAGAUACUAAAUGAAUGAUGCUUGCACGGCUUUUACAGCUGUUAACAUCAUUGUUAGUAAAUUGUUUUAAUUAAAACAAAAAGAGAGGUCGACAUUGUCAUUGUUUAAUUACAUUA